AUGUCCGAUGUUAUUUCUCGAGCGGGAAUUAUGGCCUCGGUAAACCUUAUACCGUUGUUCUUGGGUGGGUGGACUAAUGCGUUGGCCAAUUUCAUUGGUAUUUCUAUUCAUUCUUAUUAUAUAGCACAUCACUGGAUUGGUCGGGUGGUGAUUGUUCAAAGCCUUUUGCAUGUCGCAUUGGUUUUAGCUGCUGGCCAGCUAUGGACCUUUAACUCAUCUCAAAUAUCUGGAAUUUCUGUAAGCUGUAUCAGCAUUGUCGCUCUUACUCGUUACGUCACUAUUCUUUUUGUGGAGAUUGAUAUAAUUUACUACAACCUUGGUGGUGUUGGUCAUUCCUUGACACCACAAGCCGACAUUUUCCAUUUCUAUGAUGGCUCGAAAACGAGGACCGUCAAUGCAAUAAGAUUGACAGUCCUACUUAGACGGCCUAUGAAAAUCAACCCAGGUCAAUAUAUGUAUCUGUUCCUCUCGGAUAUGGGUGUUUCUUUCUUGAUCGAGCCCAGCAAUGGCAUAACCUCAAAACUCAUUGGACGGGGCUCGCUCUGUAGUGUUGUGAUGGACGGGCCUUAUGGGAAGGAUUUGCGAUUAGAAGACUUUGAAACAGUCAUUCUAGUCGCAAAGGGAAUUGGAAUUGCUGGUAUCAUUCCUUAUGUUAGAAGUCUGACAUAUCGUAAAGUGAAUAAGGAUAAAAAUUACGAUUCUUAUGGACGAGGUCUUAUCACACGAAAAAUCGAUCUGUAUUGGGUCCUUGAUGAUAAUUGUCAGGAAGAUUGGAUUUCGGAUUGGCUUGUGGAUCUGCAGAUGCGAGAUUCAGAGAAGGUUGUCACUGCAAUAUACCUAAUUUCUGUACAAAGAUCUGCAGGAAAAUCUAAAGUCGCUGUUUGUGGAACAUCUGGAUUUAUUUAUAUCCUCUGCAAUAUUGUUAUCCAAACCUUGAAGAAGUAUAAAGAUAUCGAAUUCGCAGAGGUUGAAUAUCAACCACACAGAAUACAUCAUAUCUAUUCUAGGGUCACUUCCAAAAACUGGGAUCAGAUAGAGAUGGAGACUACAAAUUUGACUUCUCAAUUAAUUGCCAGAGGACGACACUUGCAGCGAUCGCAGCUUGGGGAUACGGAAAGAAAGCUGGAGAGCAAUAAAGACAGGCUGGUGGAAUGGAGGCCCGAUGAUGUUCAAGAUUGGGAUAAAAUAAAUGUAAACAUGUGUCUCUUUCCAUUCUUCUCUUUCAAAAAGGCAAAUAAUAUCAUAUAUAAUGAUGAUUUACCAGUAUACCGCCGUAUCGAUGAAGAACCAAUCCAACCUACCUCUCGAUCCUACAAAUACACCUUCAACAUCCCAUCAGCUGGAACCAUGACAAUCAAUGCAAGAAACGAUGGAAUCUUAAAUUUUCACCACAUUCCUACGAUUACAUCUGAUGCCUCAGAUGGGGUCUCACAUGGAGGUAUUGUAGGAGAUUUGAAUGAUGAGAAGACUUCUGUUGGUAUGAGUGCUAAGGCAAGGCAAGAUGAGCUGGACCAAAAAAAGUUGAGAAUUCAGGAAGCAAAGGCUAGCUUACAAGAGUCAAUGGACCGUCUGAAUCAGGAAUUAACCUUUGUGAAGGAUUAUGAUUCAGUGAUUUUGUUAAAGGAUGAAGAGGAUUUGAUUGUUGGUAUGAGUGCUAAGGCAAGGCAAGAUGAGCUGGACCAAACAAAGUUGAGAAUUCAGGAAGCAAAUGCUAGCUUUCAAGAGACAAUGGACCGUCUGAAUCAGGAAUUAACCUUUGUGAAGGAUUAUGAUCCAGUGAUUUUGUUAAAGGAUGAAGAGGAUUUGAUUGGGGAUCGGUUGUUUUACACGAACAAUGAUUGCAAGGACUUGGUAAAAAUUUAA